AUGGAUGUAGCAGAAGGCUCUCGAGUUUUAGGCGACCCGAAUGCUAGCCAAAAUACUCAAAACAGCAGCAAAUUGCUGGCCUGCCCAGUGUGCGGUGAAGAAACGGUUGAUCUCUUGCAGCUGAACAAUCAUCUAGACUUGAUUCAUGGACUCGGAGAUGAACCAAGUCGUGGCCAAAAGUCUCAAAAAGUCGGCUCAAAAGCUCACAACGCUCCUGGAAAGCACAAAGUUCAGCCCUCAAAACCUAAAUUUGAGCUUAAAAGAGACCACUGGGCUACAAUAAUUUCUGACCGCAGUCGAUGCCAUAAGUGCCACGUAAAACUUACUCGAUCCACGGGAAUGAUCAAUUGCAGAAAGUGUGGACGGCUGUUUUGCAUGAGGCAUUGCAAAAAUGCGAUCAGACUAAAUACAAAUGCAGAAUACGACCCUAAGGGCGGAGAGUGGUGUUGGUGCUGCCGAAGUUGUGCGCAGGAAAAACCGGGUUACAAUGACUUUGGAACUUGUUACAGUAGAACCCACGAAUUCAACCAACUUCGCAGCUCCAGAACUGAGGACCGACAGCUCCAGCAGUUGCAACUCGAAAAUCGGUUUGUCAGACUCAUGAAUGGCAUUUUGCGCCUUCACGCGAAAUAUCAGGGAAGUUUGCUCGCAUCCCUGAAACUGCCGGUUGAAGUGACCCAGUUUGAAAAGAGCGUGGUUCCCUGGACCCCAGACCCGUUCGCCUUUGCAUGUUGCUUGUGUGCAAGGAAGUUUGGGAUAACUUCGCGCAAACAUCACUGUAGACUUUGCGGAAAAGUUGUAUGCGAUAACACAGAUACCAACUGCUCAAAUCAGAUCCCUGUGACUAGUUUGGUGAACGCUGCCUCAGACCUCCCAAUCUCUUCAACAGCAUCCUUGAAUCUUCCCGAAAUCGAGACACAGGUCAGGGUAUGCUCAUCGUGUGUUCAGUCCAUUUUCAGAAAGCGUAAGUUUGAAAAAGAACUGGGAAUGCCACUAACCAACAUUUUCCAAUUGUACGAAAGAAUGCGCACAUAUGCCUCACUUAUUCUGUCCACAGUUGCCUCUCUCAAAUCAACAUCACAAGAAGCACGAAAGAGUGCCAAUUCUAAUACUGUGAACGUCACCGCCUCGGAAGAGUCAAAUUUAUCAAAAACAAGGCGCAGAAUGGUUGGUGCCUUUUCUGCGUACGAUAAGCUUACGAAACAGCUACUGAAAGAGGUGCCUCGAAAUGAAUCCGAGAAAAGAAUUCAAUCUGCAAUCAUCGCUCAAGCGUCUGCUUUCAUCCUAGAAAAUAUGCUACCUUUGAGAAAUUUGACUGCAGAUUUGGCGUCGAAAUCUGCUGAUCCAGAAGUGUCACAGGCGCAAAGCUCACCAAGUUACGAAAAUAGCUUGACUAUCAAAGAGAUUAAGGACUACAGAACUCAAUUGAUGGUUAUCGAAGAGCAGAAAUUUUUGGUUGAAGAUAUGAUCGCCCAGGCUACAAAGCAACGCAAAUUCGAUGAAGCUUCAGUUCUCAGUAAAAACUUAGAAGAGCUGAAGUCUCAAUCGGACAAACUGGCCAGUUUGCUUGGUGGAGAGGGAUUCAAAUAG